CCGACUCGGUUUACUCACCGCCACCCUGUCAAGCGGCUUAAAACCAUCAUCGCUUGCUUGGGUCGGAGCGCAAACUCCGCCGCCGCCUGUCUCUAAACCCCAGAAGAACGAGUGAACCCCUUUCUUCCGGCCACCCCCCCGCAGCUCCUCAUCCUCCUCCGCCUCCGAGAUCCAAUAUACCACCCAUCCACGCCGAAGAAAGAAUCGCCUCUCUCCUCUCCGGGCGCCAUGGCCUCCGAUUCCGCUGCCGAUGCCGCCGAGGUCGAGAAGCUGUACGAGUUCGGCGAGCGGCUGAACGAGGCGAAGGACAAGUCUAAGCAUGUGAGUGACUACGAGGGGAUCAUAGCGGCGGUGAAGGGGCAGAGCGUGAAGGCGAAGCAGCUGGCGGCCCAGCUCAUCCCGCGGUUCUUCAAGUCCUUCCCCACCCUCGCUAGCAAGGCCAUGACGGCGCAGUUCGAUUUGGUCGAGGAAGAUGAGCUCGGGAUCAGAGUACAAGCUAUUCGUGGCCUUCCUCUUCUCUGCAAAGAUACACCAGAAUAUGUAUCUAAAAUUGUUGAUGUUCUUGGACAACUCUUAACAUAUGAGGAAAAUGUGGAGCGUGAUGCGGUGCAUAAAGCCCUAAUGUCUCUUCUAAGACAGGAUAUAAAAGCUUCUUUGACAGCUUUGUUUAAGCAUGUUGAGAUAGGAAUGGAGAAUGUUCGUGAAAAGGUCAUUUGUUUUCUUAAGGAUAAGGUGUUUCCUCUCAAAGCUGAACUAUUAAAGCCACAAGAGGAAAUGGAAAGACAUGUAACCGACUUGGUGAAAAAGAGUUUACAAGAUGUGACUGGGGCUGAAUUCAAGUUAUUCAUGGACUUCCUAAGGAGUUUUAGCAUAUUUGGUGAUGGUGUACCUCCAGAACGUAUUCAGGAACUAAUUGAAAUUGUAGAAGGACAGGCUGACCUGGAUGCACAAUUUAAUGUUGAAGACAUUGAUCAUAUAGAUAGGUUGAUUUCAUGCAUGUGCAUGGCUCUUCCAUUUUUUGCUAGAGGUGCUUCAAGCAGCAAGUUUCUCAACUACAUCAACAAACACAUAUUGCCUGUAUUUGAUAAGCUACCUGAAGAGAGGAAGUUAGAUUUGCUCAAGAAUCUUGCUGGAAGUUCACCUUAUGCAGCUGCCCAGGAAUCACGUCAGCUUCUUCCAUCUAUUGUUACACUUUUAAAGAAGUACAUGUCACGGAGAAGGACAGAGGAGCCUAAAUAUAAUUAUCUUGAAUGCUCACUGUACUCAUUUCACCAUUUAGCACAUAAGACUCCAAAUUCUACAAAUAGCCUUUGUGGGUACAAGAUUGUGACUGGCCAACCAUCAGACAGGCUUGGAGAGGAUUUUUCGGAGAAUUAUAAAGAUUUCACUGAGAGACUGAGCUCUACAGAGGAAGUUGUGAGGAAUGCCAUGAAGAAAUUAACCCAAGGGAUGGCUGAUCACAACAAAGCAAUGGCUGCUGCAAAGACUGAAGAGGCUAAGUCUAAGAUUAAAGCAGAGCAGCAGAAAACUACAACAGCAUUGCGCAUCUGCAACAAUAUACUGGCAAUGACUCAGCCAUUACAUGCGAAAGCACCUUCAUUUAUCGGAGAUGGCAAAAUCAACCUAUCCUGGAAGGAACCAGUGAAACAAUCACUAGCUUCAACAGCUGCUGCAGGGGGUAAGAGAAACACAGCUUCUCUCAACGGGUCGAGCGCAAGCACUGCAGUCAACAAGAAGGCUCGAGGCGAGGGAAUCAUGCAAAACCAGCUUGUUAACAGAGCAUUAGAUGGUUUAUCUCAGGGUGGUAGGAGAAGCGGAAGGGCCGGAAGGGGUUGGGGAGGACGAGGACGAGGAAGAGGAAGGGGUUUCCGUUAAGUUCAAAUGGAUCACCCACUAGUGACAGUACUUGACACAACCAUGGCUUUUCUCGAGAUCAGGCACUUGCAUGGCUGUAGCAGAAUGUUUAAUGUGGCACGGAAGGCACUUCUCUGUAACAACAGUUAGCAUAUUCCACUGUGUAACCUAACAUUUGUUUAUUUAUUGGCAGCUAUAAUUAUUAACGCCCGUGCGAGUGGGAUUUUGUUUA